CGUCGUGGGAGCACGUGAUCCGUCCGAAAAAACCGUCUUCUCGCGCGCGCAACGACACACGCGCGGACUUGAACGCCUCGACGUUCGUUCAAACGCCAGUCGCGCGCUCGCAGGUGUUGUUGCCGUUGCCGUCCUCCGCCGUUCGCCGUUCGCGUUGUGAAAGCAAACGGAUUUUGUUAGCGUUGUCGUUUGUACGUUUUUUGUUCGUCAACGUUUUAUCGGUAUCGCGAACAGUCCGUAACCCGUGCACGCGGAUGGGGUGAACUUGUGUUACACGUAUGUGUGACCCGCGAGACCGUUUAUUGUGCGCGGUUUACCCACGCGGCGGCGGCGCGCUCAUCGCUGAAACGGUGUUCGCGAAAUAGAAAACGAGUAAAACCGACGAAAUGUGAUCGCGUCGUGGUCGAACGAUAUACGUCGCGGUGCACUACGAUAUUUUAUGGAUCAUCGCGAUGGCGUAUGUCGUCUGGCGAGUGUUGCGGAAGAAAUAUCUGAAAGUCAGAAGUGGACUCGCCAUCGACGGCCCCAUGACUUCCGGGAACAUCUCAGCAGAUACAAAUUCGGUUGCGGAUCGUUCGCGGAAUCCUAUCACCACGACGACAUGGACGACCGCGGCGACGACGACGGAAACCACCGCCAUCAUCACCACCACCAUCACUACUACCACCACUGCUACCGCGACCACGGGUGUCGGACAUUUAUACCGGCAACUGUCUAGGCGGAAGAAGAAGAAGAAAAAUUCAGACACCGCGAUUUCGUCGUCGUCGCUGCAGCCCUGUCCACCGCCGCAGCCGCAGCCACAACUGCAGCCGUCGAUUAAUCUGUGCAUCCAACCGGCGCUCAUUGCCGACGUCAUCGAUGCGCCGGCGUGGCUGGUCACCGACCAAUUCGUCAGCGAGCACGUCGUCCAUGAAUACGUGUCCGUGGUGCCCGAGCCUGACCACGUAGACCCGAUGCCGGUGAUGCCGGACCGCUCGCCGCCUUCGCCAUCGCCACCGGCUGUUCGCGCGUUGUCAGACUUUUCGACGUCUGCUACAACGGUCGAAAGUCCUUCGGUCGCCACCGCCUCGUUGUGCGCACACGAACCGGGCCAUAGUAUCUUUUCUGUUCAACAACUUGUAGACAAUUUGAUCGGACCGUACUAUGUAAAUUACAGAGAAACGCGUGCAGUUCUUGUGAGACAAGCAAAACAACUGUUUAUCAAUGUAUACCAAUCUGACAUAGUUAACUUUCAUGAGUGCUUUUGUAUACCAGCCAACGAAAUCCUUAAAAAAAUUUCCGAGAUGUGUAGAAGAAAUGAGUGUUGCGAUGCGUGCGCAGGAUGGCCACUCAGUCACGGCCGGUGUGGAGUAUUGACUCACCUGGUAGCGCCUGACUUCUCCAGCCCCGGCGGCGUACCGUCGUCGGACGCGUACCUGUUGUUGGACGUGGCCAGUGCCGGGCUGACGCUGAACUGGGUUGGUGCGGGCGCCCGGUUCCGAAGCCGCCUGUCCACGGACACCGUAGUCAUGUUGGCCGAUGACUUGCAACAACUGUGCACCACGCUCAAGCACUUAGUAGCCGUGGUUGACCGAUCGGUGCAGCGGGUGCCCCUCGACAGGAUCAAGUACCCGUGUUAUGGGUGCAAGGACCGCAUGUGUGUGCAGUCCACGUCGUGUCAACAACAGCCGUCCUCGAAUAACGGAGACAGCACCGUGACCGUGACCGCCGCAUCAGCCGUUCAAUUGCAGCGGCAACAGUACGAAAACGUUGUCGGCGAUGAACACGCGUACGACGAUAUGGACAACUCCAUACCGCACAUUGACUCGGACCCGGAAGACGUGGCACAGGAUAGUAGACAUCAGAAGGUGGACAACAACGUUGCAGACAGAACCAUUAUGAUACACACCCAAAAGCAGCGUCAGUCCAUCCGAGUGCCAAAGUCUAUAUGCGACCUAUCGGAAGACGUCCUCAUGUCAGGAUUACAAUUUCCGGGAGCCGUAGAUCGACAAGGCAACGCAUUGAUUUUAUGGGUCGAAGCUCAGUCCGGCACACAUUCGGAUAAAUUAUCCGACGUUAAUGCGGCGGAACUUAUUUUGUACUAUGCUUCGUUGAGAAACAGAAAUGAAAGGAACUUGUCAUUAACCAUCUUGGUGCAUGAGAAUAGUUGCGCUAGUAUAGAAUUCGUUGAUUGUGUGUUGGUCUUGUUAAAGCAUCAAGUUUCGGUGGACAAAGUGAUUUUUUGCACGAAGCGACACGCAGAAGGAAAUCGGUUGAAGCACAGCCAAAUUCGGUGCUAUGCCAUCAAUUCCUACAGCGGUCUCUUGGAGUUCUUCGAAGACAGUCAAAUCCCGUUGGCUUGCGGUGGCCCGUACUCGCAUAGUCAGCUUGAAUGGAUCGAUUUCUAUAAGGAAUCCGAGAGACUAACGUGCCUGUGUCAAACCGCCGGAAAUCGACUCGUUACGGCCGUAACAGAUAUAGGAAACGCACCACAAGAACGGAACGCAAUAUCUAAGUUCUUGGACGAUUCAGAUAUUAAAAACUUACUUCAGGAUGCCAGGCAGAGCAUGGAAAUGCUCGAACAACAUGCACGAUGGUUGAACGAAGACAGAUUUGUAAUGUCGAGUUUUGAGGACGUGAAGAAGUUCCACGGAGAAGUCGAAGGCGCUGCGGUUCGGCUGGAAGAACUUCUGUUGCAGAAGAAGAAAAAAAUUAUGCAGGCGGCCAGGGUUCACGCUCUUGAGUCUGAAACACACGAGGUCCUCUCUUGGCUAACCAACAAAGGGGAACACGCGUUGGUGCAGCAUGCUGAUUUGGCGAACAGUUUGCCAGCAAUUCGACAGCAGGAACAAGAUUUUGAAAAAUUUUACUUCGUUUCCAUGCAAAAUCUUGACAGAGCUGGAGAUUUGUUGGAAGAAGCAGGACAAUGUAGCAAUGGAACUAGUUUAAAAGAUCUAGCCAAAUCUUUAAAACAGCAUCUAAGAGGUUUUAGUGAUCGACUCGAAGAAACUCGUGAAAGACUCGAAGAUACGUCACGAUGUUUUUAUUUACUUGACAAGGCUUACGAUUGGGCUUUGGAAUGUAUGAAGUACAUAUCCGUAAAGCACGAUUCAUGUAACGUCAAAGAAUUGCGAAGAUACUUAAUGGCACAUCCAUCUCCUACUGCUCAACACUUCUCGGAGAUGAUGAUGUUAGCUAACAAACUCAACAACGAAAAAUUAAUGAAACAGUGCAAGGUGGCCAUGGUAAGAUGCGAAGAGACCAACGACCAACUGAAGCAUCUGUUAGGUCCAGAUACAUUUCCGACUAGCACCCCCCUGCCAUCUAGAAGGACGUCCGCCCCGGAGCACAAUAUAACAAAUGGUAAUACCACCAUGGACAACCACCAUUGUGGAUGGGUAGGUGCUAUGGAAGACAAUUGUUAUUGCGAGACUGACCGACUCGCGCUCAGUCAUAUCCCGUCUGCCAAUUGGACUUACAAUGAUGAAGAAGACGAGGAAAAACUGAGUUGCUCUCACACGACUGAAGGGAGUGAUGAAAAUAAAAGCAAUGAAGAAAGCGAUGAUACCAACAGUCCUGAUUCCGGAUUCAACAAAAACCAAAGCUUACCACCUUUAUCCGUCAACAGUCAUCUACACCACAUGUCCAACCUACAGUUGAACAUGGAUUGUGGAACACAGACGUUAAAACUACAAAAAACUGUCAAGCUAAUCAUGAGGGAGAUGAUACAGACCGAACGGGAUUACGUAAAAUCACUCGAAUAUGUCAUUGAGAACUAUGUGCCGAUGCUGCUCAAGGAAGAAAUACCACAAGUGUUGCGUGGUCAGCGUAACGUUAUUUUCGGCAACAUCGAGAAGAUCUACGAGUUUCACAGCCAGCACUUCCUCAAGGAACUAGAGAGACAUGAGAACUGUCCACUACAAGUGGGCGAAUCUUUUUUAAAACACGAAAAGAAAUUCUAUUUGUACGCGCUGUACAACAAGAACAAACCGAAUUCGGAUUCGCUGAUGUCCGAGUAUGGUUCUGUAUUCUUUAAGACGAAACAAAUGGAACUCCGCGACCGAAUGGACUUGGCUAGUUACUUGUUGAAACCAGUGCAGAGAAUGGGGAAGUAUGCGCUGCUGUUGCAGCAGCUGAUGAAGAUGGCAAAAGGAGACACGGAACACCUACGCAUGGCCGAGAGCAUGGUCAGAUUCCAGUUACGUCACGGCAACGAUCUGCUGGCAAUGGACUCACUCCGGGAGUGUGACGUGAACCUGAAGGAACAGGGCCGACUCUUGCGGCAGAACGAAUUCCUCGUGUGGCAGGGAAAAGGAAAGAAGUGCCUUCGCCAGGUGUUUCUGUUCGAAGAACUUAUACUGUUCAGCAAGGCUCGAAGAUUCCCCGACCGAACGAAUCUGGAUUUGUACGUGUACAAGAACAGUAUAAAGACCAGUGACAUCGGGUUCACUGCCAAAGUUGGAGACAGCAACACGAAAUUUGAAAUAUGGUUUCGAAAACGAAAACCAGGAGAUACGUAUACGCUGGUUUCCAUGUCCGAGGAUAUCAAACAAGCAUGGACCGAUGAGCUCUCCAACUUGCUGUGGAAACAGGCUCUCCGAAACCGAGAGAUUAGACUGGCGGAAAUGUCUUCUAUGGGAAUUGGUAACAAACCGUGUUUGGACAUCCGACCUAGCGCAGACCAAAUCAAUGAUCGAUCCAUCACGUUCGCACAGCUCAGUAAAACCGCCCCUCGGUUCCGGAAUUCAAUCGUUGCGUUACCGUCGGACCUGGACUCGAUCGCGAAGCGACCGCACUCGAUCAUAUCGGUGAGCAGCAGCAGCGCGGGCAGCAACAGCAGCAGCAGCGGCAGCAGCAGCGGAGCCAGUUGCCGGAGCAGCGAGGGCGCACGGCAAACCAGCCAGUGCUCCAGCCAGUCGACUGAGAGCGGCAUCGUAGCCGAUUGGUACAGCCGGAACAGCCACUCGGGAAGCGUUGCGUCCGACACGCUGUCACCUCCGCCGCCGUCGACGACGACCGCGUCCACCAAGCAGGCGAAGGCCACCAAGGCCACUUCGGACGCACCGCCGUCCACGAGGCUGUCGGUGAAACUGUGAACACGAUUUGCUCACACGAUCCGAUUUGCUAACGAACAUACAUUAACAUAACUCUGAUCAUUGUCAACGCAGCACACGAUAUAGUGGUUUUUUUUUCAAUUCCCAAAGGAAAUCAAUAGUUACCGGAUCACUCCACACAUAUAUUUUUUUUUAUCUUCUUGUAGACGCUCUACGAGAAACUUCAUUGUUAUUAUUUGAUUUUAUUACUUUUUUUUUUUUUUUAACAAAACACGAUUGAAUUCUUUUUUGAU